AUGCUUUCGUGGCGUGGCAAAGGGUCACUAGUGCGCCGCGUGGCUGUAGCAGUGCGCUGCUUCACCGCGACAACAUCGCCGUUCCUCUGCGACUCCUCCUCGCGGAGCCACCGCCCUGUGCCUAGUGGUCAGCAUCGCGACAGUCUGCUCUCUCACACGGCAUCAACGACUGCACCGGCACCGGCGGCGGUGCUGACGCAGCGAGCGCGUCCUCGUGGCGUUUUGAAACGGGCAUCGCUGCUCGAGCAGCUCCGUGACCGUAAUGAUGGCGAGAGCGGCAUUGCCGACUUGAGCAAGGCGCCAGCCGGCAGUGCCCUCGUAGCGUCUGGCGCAGCAGCGUCGCUGCCGUAUAUUAGCUCGUCCGAAUUCGUUGGUGUACCCCGCCCAACGCAACAGCAACAAGUGAGGUCGGCAUAUGGAACGCACAGCGCCGCAGCAGCAGCGCCUCUGUCCUCGCCCACUGCCUCUGCACAGCUGGAGCGGCAGCAGCAAGCCCUACGCGACGCCUUCACACACGCGCGACAGUACCACAACGUGCGCCUUGCCAAAGACCCCGGCGUCUACCGCGCAGAGUGCCGGGCUUUCCGCCAGGCCCACCGAGGUCGAUCGCCGACGCAGCAAGAGGUGAGCCGUACCGUCGCCGUUCCGCUGGCGCCGGUCGCCGCGCUCAAGACGCUAGCCCACACGGAUGCCAGGCGAUCCUCGCUGCACGCCGCGGCCGAGGCCGCCGUGAUGCUGCACAACACCGUGGUGAAAAAUGAGCUCGUGAAGAGCAGCACGCCGCAGCUCGUCCGCUGCCUUCGCUGCUUUCACGUGUACACGGCCCGCCCGCGAACUUUGUGGGGAGGCGAGGUGGAGCAGAGCGGCAUCGAGUACGAAAGGGCACAGAAGGCGCAACGACUUCAGAGGCCUGCACCAGGCAAGCGUGCGAGGAGCGUGGGCCGGCGUCGACGCGUACAUGAAGAGGACCCGACCUGCUGUCCAAAGUGCAGCAGCCCUCGUGCACAGUGGAUGAUGGAGUAUGUGCACCACCACACCCACGAGCGAGUGUGA